UCUAGAAUUGGACUCAAAACCUGAAUAACAUGGAAAUUCGGAAAUGUUGGCACCGACCCGCCUAUCCUUCGGGGGAACACUAUCACAAUUUUCAACCCCACGAGCCUCGAGAUCAUGCCGAAUCAACCGAUAAAUGAUGAUUUUGGUCAGUCGCAAAGUUCUUGGGUAUCCGCAUAACAGCAUGCUAACCGAUGAACUCCACCAUUCGCCAUCCUACUCAACGACAGGCAUUCUCCAGACCACGCCACCAUCUCGCAGACAGAUCUUUUCAAAUCAAGGCACAACAAGAACGAAAGUUUGCCGAGGCAGAUUGCUCGCUUCUGGACUGUCUCUAAUCGAACGUAGGAGAAUCUGCUCCGAGGAGAUUUUUAUAACGGCCUUCUUUCAAAUGGCAUCGGAUUCCCGAAUCACCUCGUUAAGUCUGUAACUUCAUUCACUACCGAUGCGCCGGUGAAGCUCUUAUAUGAUAGAUCCACGUGGACUGCCUAAGGAUAUCGACUAAUGGUGCUCUUUUGCUUCUCACAUUCAAUCUCAUGUGCGACAUAUCGGGCAUGUCUCUAUCCGUAGCCUGAAUUAUUCACUGGCC